AUGGAGCAGCAGACUCAAGAUGAUGUUUAAAACUUUAUUUAGUGAACAUCAACUGUUUUACGAUAAUAACGAUUUAAGUUAUGCAAAGGACAUCAAUGAAUUACCCGACGAAAUUUUGGCGCGCAUUUUCCGUUAUCUUCAUCCAAUCAGGGACGAAUUACCCAUUCUGGCAUUUGUUUGCUCUAAAUGGCGGGAUGUUUUGCAAACACAUGGUAUUCUGUGGAGACACAUUUAUGUUGAUCCGAACUAUUUCGCUAUUUAUCAUUUUAGUCUGCUCUGUUCCAUGUUUCGUAACUACGGAUAUCAUAUUCAAAGGCUCAGUUGGCGGGAAAGCUCUCCAGUGUUUCGCAGUGUGUUUUCACUGAUACCAACUCUUAGUAACUUAAGAAGUCUCCGACUGCCUAUACUAUGGACACCUGAAGUAUUACAUAAAUUGUCUACCCUAUCUAAUCUUGAGCAAGUUCAAAUAAACGGUGGCUACGAAUUAACAGAUGACGAACUUGAACAAAUUUUAGCGUACUUCCCAAACCUGAGAGAGAUUUCCCUCAAUGCUUGUUGGAGAAUAACUUCUAAUGGAGUGAAAAGAUUGCUGUCAAAACUUCCUUUCCUAGAAACGGUAAAACUUAAACUCAACUCUGGAUUAGAUAUAAACGACAGAAGGAGUGAUGAUGCAAUUGCAAGGGGUUUUGGAAUUGCACGUAACAUUGUUGAUAACAGCACUGUACAUUUAGUUAAAGUUCUCUGUAUUCAUUUCUUACCUAUUGAAGUGGAUGAACUCUGGGAAAUAGUGAAUAAGUUACCAUGCUUGAAGAAACUUAGUAUCAGCAAUUGUGAGUACCUCCACGGUGUUAGAUUGCUCUCCGAUUCCUUAGUAAAGGUAUGCCUGCACAACCUUUGGAACGUUUCAUUUGUCAGUCUAGACAUUUCGUCUCUACGAUUCCUUACCGUUGAUGUAGGUUUGGCGUCUAUAGAACACUUAGAAGUUACAUCGGAUAAUCUGAGGAAGGUUAAUGUCAAUGGAAGUCACGUUCUCCGAACCAUGAAAAUCAAAAGUCAGAAGUUAACUUUUCUGGAAUUGAAACAGUGCGAAGAAAUUGAGAUGAGGUCAUUCAAGGAGACUCUGAGAAACAACGACAAACUGGUAUGUCUACGUUUAGGGUGUAUAUCUCAUGACAGUCUGACACUCGAUGAAUACACAGUACCAAAUUUGCAAGAACUGUGUCUACUUGGAGAUUUUGCAUGCGAGACUCUGCAUAUACGAAGUCCAACUUUAAGAUUCAUUUAUGUUGAAGCAGAAAUGGAUAUCGUGACCUUGAAUCAUAUGUACAUUACAGCAAAUCAUUUAUGUAGAGUGGCCUUAGUCGGGAUGCCAGCUUUAAAAACGCUCACAAUUCAAUGCGUUAGUGUGGAUUCGAUUGAAAUGAAUCUCUGUAGUGAUGAUCAGUUGAAUCUAGAAUCCUGUGUGAUUCAUGCAAUGAAUGCAAUUGGAUUUCUCCGAUUCUUUGACUGUAAUGUAAACCUUCUAUGCAUCUCUACUCCGCUGGUAAAGACCGUUGUUUUAUAUCGAUGUCAAAUGACGGAUUACACGCUUCAAAUGGUUUUGGCGGGAUGCACAAAGAUUGCUCAUUUGAAUCUAGAAAAAUGCCGACGAGUUACAAACGUGGCCCUUGCGUCGCCCCCUUUGAAAUUUUUGAAUAUGUAUGGCUGUAAUGAUUUACACCGAUUGUCCCUGAACAACUGCCCUCAAAUGAUAGCAGUAAAUCUUGGCCAAUGUCCAAAUGUGAAAUUAUUUAUUAGAGGUAUCGAGCAAGAUCUGACAACACUCUGCACCUCUCUUCAGAUUGUUCACCCGAAGGAAUUUGUUCGAUGGAGCCACGACUUUCCACCAAAACCAUAUAUUUGUCCAAUUGAAUAUUGAUGACUUCGUAUUGACUGACAACUUUUAGGAAUGCUAAAUUGAAAACUCAUUUGGUAAGAUUGUUAAAUUUUAUCUGCUUUUACAGAUUUGUUAGAUGCAAUGAUUGUUGGACAUAUGGACGAUAGAAUGUUUGAAAAAGGGAAAUGAAACUAGUUUUAUCCGUCCAAAAUAUCAAUGCAAAUAGAUUGCGCCAGUCCAAUUGUAUUAAAAUAUGUGACUUUCAUAUAUAUAUAUAUUUAAAUAUUUUAAUUACAUAUUUUGUACUAAUGUAUGCUUAAUUUUAUCAUUUCAUAGAAAUAUCAGAGUCGUUCAUUUUUUUAAAUUUUCACCUUGAUAAUUUCUAAGAUAAUCAAUAAUAUUUUGUUAUCAAAUAAUUGUUCUUUUAGGGAUAAAUGGGUUACAGUGAAAGAUGGGCUUUCGAUGGUUUAUACUCAAAUGUAUGACAUAAUUCAUGUUUUGCGUGUUGUAACUUUUUCAGCAUCUAUAUAAAAACAUAUGAAACGAUUUUCUUGAAAAAUUAAUGUUACGGGAAUUAUUGAAUCAAUGCAUGUAUAUAUACAAAACUAAGUCCUCUAUGUACGAUUUUGUACAUUUAUUACGAAUCCAUAACAUAUAAUCGACAAAAAAUAUUUGAUUUAAAUUUCCCUGCUUAUUAACUUUCGUGUUGUAUCGCCGACGUUUACAGAACUUAAUAAAAAAUAACACAGAAUCAAUCAUGGAGCACGUGAAAAAUACGUGAGAUGAUAGAAAUGUUAAAGAGCGAUGUUCAUUUUUUUUCGAUGCGUUUCUUUUUGUUAAUCAAACGUUGUCAUAACAGUUGUUAAAUGAUUUUGGUGUAUCACAAUUUUUCUUUCAGAAUCAAUUAACACUAUCUAAUUUCCACGUUUGUUUACAUUUUCUUUCUUUUUCGCCACGGUUUACCCCCUCGCACUUGCGAUGUUCGAUUGCAGAAGUAUUGUUCAAGAGGUCUCUUGGUUAAGGCCAUUGCAUACGGAAAAGCUAUCGACGAAUUAUAGUACGGGAAGACAAUAUUUCAACAGCAGUACAUUUCUGAAUAUUUUGAUCAGAUUAAGGAUUUUCUUUUAAAAGAAAGUCCAUGUACACGUGUUUUAUAGUAAAACCUAGCCAUAGUAUAUGUAACAUAUUCAACUUUUUUUUUAAAUUUUGAAGAAUCAUAUGAUCAUAACUAUAACUAUGCGGUUGUAGUGCAAUGAAUAGGAUAUUAUAAUACUUACAUUGCUCAAUGUUUUUUUUACUAUAUUCAAUAUUAUUUACUAUUCAUGUGCAUAAGUUCAUAAGGUUAUGACUGAGCUGGUGUCAUCAUUUUUUAUUUGGUGUAUGUGUUGUCUUUUUGGUUUAGUAAUUUUAUACACUGUUGUAUGAAGGGACAG